AUGACAUCAGCUGGUAACAUAACUGAAGACCUGUGUAAAAUAUGUGACGGAAGAAUUGAAUGUGCACCCACGGCUAUACUUCUAAUCGCUUUAGUUCAUACUCUAUACGGGCAUUUAGGGCCUGAAAUAGAUUAUUUUGGAAAUAAUAAAGAGGAACUCACGGGUUCUCAACAAAAAUUAAAAGUCUUACCAAAACAUCGCUAUAAAUAUGUAGAAAAUGAGGAGCGAAAUGAGAAUUCCGACAUCGGUGAUGAAGAGUUCGAUUUUAUAGUGAUUGGUGGUGGCACAGCUGGUUGUGUACUUGCCAGCCGACUCUCCGAAAAUAGGAAGUGGAAGACACUGCUUAUAGAAGCCGGAGUUGAAGAACCUAAAAUGACACUGAUUCCUGCACUCACAAGUGAAUUUCAGGGUUCAUCACUUGACUGGCAAUACGCAAUGAGACCCAAAAAGGGAUUUUGUCAGAACCGUAUGGAAAAAGGCUGCGAAAUAAUACAAGGCAAGGUACUUGGCGGAACAUCGUCAAUUAACGAAAUGGCCUACAUAAGGGGCAGCCCUGCAGAUUACGAUGAGUGGGCACUUAAUGGCAAUGAAGGGUGGAGCUUUGCGCAAGUACUACCUUACUUUAAAUACUCUGAGGGGAAUUACGACAAAGACAUAUCGAAAAACAAAUUCUUCCACUCGACUCAAGGACCUUUAGAUGUAGGACGUUAUCCUUAUGUGGACGAUAAUGUGGACGUUUUACUAAGCGCGUUUAAUGAGAUGGGAUAUAACUAUACAGAUAUCAAUGGAAGGACACAAAUUGGGUUUAUGAGGAUACAGACUAUGUCUUAUUUUGGUGAAAGAGUGAGCACGUACACAGCCUUUAUAGAACCUAUACGUAAGCUUAGAAGUAACAUCGUAAUUUUGACAGAAGCAUUAGUCACUAAAAUAAUUUUUGAAGAUUACAGAGACAGUUUAAGAGCUGUUGGUGUAGAAUAUAUUAGAAAUGGCACGAAAUUUAAGAUAAAGGCGUCUAAAGAAGUAAUUUUAAGUGCCGGUGCUAUCAACUCACCUAAGUUGCUUAUGCAAUCUGGAAUAGGUCCUAGGGACUACUUAGAAUAUUUAAACAUACCGGUGUUGUAUGAUUUACCGGUUGGUGCCAACUUUCAAGACCACGUAGCAGUAUGUUUACCAAUUAUUAAACUAACUAGAACUGCAACUACCACAAAAUUUACAGAAAAAUUAAAAGACAUUACAACAUAUUACACAAAAGGACUUGGACCGCUGUCGGCAAAUUACCAGGUUGUAGCUUUUAUGGAGUCGAGUAUAUCAGAGAUUUUGGGAACACCAGAUAUUGAGUUUCGUUUUAGAGGUCACGAUUCAAACAUGUAUUAUAAUAAAAUGGAUAUGUGUAUUUCCCUAUUAACACCUAAAAGCAAAGGUCAAAUAAUACUAAAUGCAACAGACCCCGUCUUUGGUACACCUUUAAUAUACCCCAAUUUCCUUAAGGAUCCUUCCGAUGCAAAGAAGUUAUUAGAAGGCAUACAAGAAAUAGUUAAACUGUUUGAUACAGAAGUAUUUAAAACAGCUGAAUACGAGUUUGACCCAAAACCAAUUUUAAACAAUGAAUGUAGGAAUCACGAAAGAGUUUCUGAGGAAUUUUGGUCAUGUAUCAUUAGACAAUUUUCGAUGCCUCUUCAAAAUUUCGUAGGAACAUGUAAAAUGGGGCCUCCCAAAGACCCUGAGUCAGUUGUAGAUAAUAGUUUACGAGUAUAUGGCACAACGAAUUUCAGAGUAGUUGAUGCAUCAAUAAUGCCUAAAAUAACUAGAGGUUCGACUUCAGCACCAGUAAUAAUGAUAGCGGAAAAGGCUAGUGAUUUAAUAAAAAGUGUUUGGUACUUAAACUAG